AUGAGGAAAACAAAACAUGAAACUGAGUAUGUUGUCUGUCAGUUCAGGCAGAUACCAGACCUCAUGGAUUCAUUGGUAGCUUUGAUGCACUCAGGGCCUCUUCUUCCACAGGCAAUUGGUAGUAACGAUGCGCUGCCAAAUGAUGCGUGUUAUGCUCGACUCAUAGUUGGGGUGAUCUUGCGAUAUGGGACUCCCUCUACGAGUGGCCAUGACAAGCCAUUCAGCUGCUCGCAGGAGGACAGGCCGUUUACAACUCUGCUGGUCAACGUCAGCGGGAAGUUCUUUGAGUAUACACUUAAAGGGGAAAUAAGCCCUGGCAAGAUCCACAACGUGGAGCAAAAUGACAUGUUGCGAAAGGUAACAUUUGACCCAGAAGUUUUUUUCAACAUCCUCUUGCCUCCUAUUAUUUUCCAUGCAGGUUAUAGCCUGAAGAAAAGACACUUUUUCAGGAAUUUGGGGUCCAUUUUGGCUUAUGCCUUUUUAGGAACAGCAGUCUCUUGUUUUAUUAUUGGGAAUCUCAUGUAUGGGGUUGUGAAACUAAUGAAGUUGGUGGGUCAGCUCUCUGAUAAAUUCUAUUACACAGACUGCCUCCUCUUUGGAGCGAUAAUAUCUGCCACUGAUCCAGUUACCGUGCUAGCAAUAUUUAACGAGCUGCAUGCUGAUGUCGAUCUCUAUGCCCUUCUGUUCGGGGAGAGCGUGUUGAAUGAUGCUGUUGCCAUUGUGUUAUCUUCAUCUAUAGUGGCCUACCAGCCAACAGGUGAAAAUACCCAUGCUUUUGAUGCAGCAGCAUUUUUCAAGUCUGUUGGAGUUUUCCUGGGAAUAUUCAGUGGUUCCUUCAUGAUGGGAGCAGUGACGGGGGUUGUGACAGCUCUGGUGACAAAGUUUACAAAGUUGCACUGCUUCCCCCUGCUGGAAACGGCUCUCUUCUUCUUGAUGUCCUGGAGCACUUUCUUGCUUGCAGAAGCUUGUGGAUUUACUGGUGUGGUAGCCGUCCUCUUCUGUGGCAUUACCCAGGCGCAUUACACAUACAAUAAUUUGUCAGUGGAAUCAAGAAGUCGCACUAAGCAGCUCUUUGAGGUAUUGCACUUCCUGGCAGAGAACUUCAUAUUUUCUUAUAUGGGUUUGGCACUGUUUACUUUCCAGAAACACAUAUUCAGCCCAAUUUUCAUCAUUGGAGCUUUUAUUGCAAUCUUUUUGGGCAGAGCUGCACACAUCUACCCUCUCUCCUUCUUGCUGAAUCUAGGCAGAAGGCAUAAGAUCAGCUGGAACUUUCAGCACAUGAUGAUGUUUUCAGGUCUCAGGGGAGCCAUGGCAUUCGCUUUGGCUAUACGGGAUACUGCUACCUACUCUCAUCAAAUGAUGUUCUCAACAACUCUACUCAUCGUCUUUUUCACUGUGUGGAUUGUCGGUGGAGGUACAACUCCCAUGCUGUCGUGGCUGAACAUCAGAGUUGGUGACCAUGUUCCAUCGGUGGAAGAGAUGAGUGAAAGCCGCUGGCUGUAUUUCAGGGUUGGGGUGGACCCAGAUCAGGAUCCUCCACCUACUAAUGACAGCUUUCAAGUCUUACAAGGA